AAUUUCGUAAUGGAGAAAAGUAAAACAUAAAUAUGACUAGUACCAAAAGUCGUAACAAAGGAUUGUGCCGCAACCUUGAAUCCAAAUUGUCAAACCAGAAACCCCAAAUUGCUCCAAUUUCCAGGUGAUCAAGAGACAUGAACAUGGACAAGCUGAAAAUGGCCUCUUCAUCACUGGGCGAACGAUUGAAGACCGGAGGAGCCCAAAUGAGCAGAAUGGUAAGCGCAAAAAUGAAAGAAAUUCUGCAAGGUGCAACCCCAGAAUCUAAAAUGGUAGAUGAAGCCACCUUAGAGACUAUGGAUGAUCCUAAUUGGAGUUUGAACCUGCGAAUUUGCGGGAUGAUCAACAGUGAGGAGUUUAACGGGACAGAAAUUGUCAAAGCUAUUAAGAAGAAGUUAGUUUUGUCAAAGAACCCGGUGACACAAAGACUGACUUUGGAUUUGCUGGAGACUUGUACCUCUAAUUGCGAGAAAGUAUUUUCAGAAGUGGCGUCCGAAAAGGUGUUGGAUGAUAUGGUUAAAAUGAUUGGUGAUCCUAAAACUGACAGUGGAAAUCGUAUUAAGGCUAUGGAGCUUAUUACUGCUUGGGGCGAAUCUGAGGAACUUAGCUACUUGCCUGUGUUUCGUCAAAUUUACAUGAACUUGAAGAGGCAAUAUCCCCUGGAGUCGCAUAUGAAUGAGCAGCUACUCUCACCACCUGAAAGCUACCCUAUUCCUGAUACAGGGUUGCAGAAUCAUGAGCAUACCACAUACAUUGGUGAAUCCAUUGAAGAGAAGAAGGAAUUUCUUGUAGUAACACGGAACAGUCUUGAGAUCCUUUCCAGCAUAUUGAAUUCUGAUGUUGAACCAAAGCCCAUCAAGGAUGAUCUGGCAAUGAGCAUGUUGGAGAACUGCAAGCAGUCUUUGGCAGUUAUACAAAGAAUUGUGGAAUCAACCUCAGGAGAUGAUGGGUUGAUGUUUGAAGCUUUAAAUCUUCACGAUGAGCUCCAACAAGUCAUUUCCAGGUACGAUGAGAUGGAAGCAGCUCUAGACUCGGGAGAAAGACUGCCUAAAACACCUGAAAAUGGAAGUACAGCUCCAGAGUCUGGAGAAAUACCACAUAAAACACCUGAAAAUGAAAGUGGCCUGCCUAAUCUUGCUGAUACUAGCGAAGCCAAUCUAGAGAAGUUGUCUUUACAUGCAAGUGAAAGUCAUGUUUUAGCACCUACAAAAGGAGAAAGCAGUCAGUCACUCCACGGGGUUGCAAAGCCGGGUAUUUCAGGAGAGGUGAGGCUUGAUUAAUAUAGGCAAACCAGGUGUGGUAGUGUUUCUUGUUUUCCCCUUCUAAUUUACAAGUUAAUGUAGUUUUGCAGUUUGUUUUUAUUAACAACUACAUCUGUUUUUGUGUAUAUGUAUUACUGGACAUGGUUUGCAAACAUCAGCUUGUAAUAACUACUAGUUUAUGAGAUUUCAAAUUAUAAUUCCUGAA